GACUUUGCUGUGGGACCUUUAUCGAUUACAGCGCCCAGGUCUGUGGUAAUCGAUUUCACCACACCCUUCAUGGAAGACGGCGUUGGGAUUAUCACCAAAAAGCCUGACAUUGGUUCCGACACAAUGUUUAGAUUAUUUAAAGCGAUGCAGGUAACGAAUUAUAGUGAGUGAAGUAACUGAAACACACGAUUAUAGUUAUUGUGUGUGUGUGUUUGUGUGAGUGUGUGUGUGUGUGUCUGUGUGUGUGUCUGUGUGUGGACAUUGUCUCCUGGAGGUAACCCCACUUCCAAGUGUAGUCAAAUCAUGCGCAGUUAGGAAUUCACACCAUAAACAUGUUGUCCACCCCCCCCUUUUUUUUUUUAGAAAUACGUAAAAUUCUUUCCCUUAACGUGACACUAGGGCAGAGCUCUAAAGUCAAACAUUGAGGCUUGUAAUUAAUAAGGAUUAAUUAAUCGAUUAAAGGAAUAGAUGGCAUUUUCAGUAGUUUGUUUUCACGAAUAAGUACAGGUUUUUUUACAUAAUAAUUCACAACUCGAUAAAACUUGUAAAGUUUAUUAUGUUGCUAUGUCUAACGUGCACUUGGUUUGCCUGUGUUAUUUAUGAGUAUUUUUUUUAUUUUUGUAAUUUAAUAAUGAACAAGAUGUAUCUGUAUGUCCUGUUUCCACAGCCUAUGGUCUGGGCUUGUCUUUGUGCUUCAGUGAUUGGUAUUUCAUUUGUUAUAUAUUUGGUCAACCAUUGGAGUCCUUACUCACAACCGAAUUCCUGCACCACGGAGGCCCAACAGUUACGAGUAUUUCAGUGUUUCUGGUCAGCAUUGGGCUCAACACUCAGUCAAGGUCUGUGAAACAACUGCUUACACGUUCCUUCUCGCUCGCUCUCUCUUACUCUCUCAAUUUCUCUUACUCUCUCUUUCUCUCUCUCUCUCUCUCUCUCUCUCUCUUAGACACACACAUAUACACAUCCUCUCUAUCUCUCUAUCCCCCGCUCUCUCCUCUCCCUCGUCUAUCCCCCUUCCACUGUAUCUCUAUUCUUCACGCUGCCCCUCCCUGUUUCCCUCUCUUUCUCUGACCUUCUCCUCUCUGCCCUUCUCGCCCUCUCAUCGCUUCCCUGUUCCUUUCUCUUUCUUACACCAGUUUCUCAUAAUUUUUUAAAUAUAGUCAAAUGUACAUGUAUUUUAAAGUUCUGUGAAGCGCAGUAUUACAGUCAAUUGAAGCGCAGUUAUGCUACAGUACUGAAUACAAAUGUAAUUUCUUCUUCCUCUAAGGAUCUUAAAUUUUGUUUUUAAAAAUAUAAUGAGCCAUCUGCUUCCCCUUGAUUUUCUUUAGGCUCUGAGUUCCAGCCUAAAUCCAGCUCUGGUCGUAUCGUGUUAGGGUUUUGGUGGGUGUUCACCAUCAUCCUCGUCUCCACCUACACUGCCAACAUGGCGGCGGUGCUGACGAUUACAAUCUACGACAAACCAAUCAACAGCCUUGCUGAGUUGGCCAGCCAAUCAGAGAUCAAGCCCCUUGUGAAGGUUGGGAGCAAUCUCGAAACUCUCUUACAGGUGGGGAUCUUUUUUCUUUGUCUCGACAAACAACAUCAAAUUUCUUAUCUGGUAUCCCUUUUUUCUCUCUUUUUUUGUUGGGCCUCUAUAUCGUUGCAUCAUAUUUUUUUUACACAAGUUAAAGUUAUUUAAAUACAAAGCAUUUUCUCAUCGUUUGAUCUCACAUCAACUACGCUCUCGCGAUACCAGGAGGCCAAAGACAGCAUUUAUAGGAAAAUCUGGCACAUGAAGAUUGAAAGCGGCCUAAUUGUAAUCACCAAUGAACAGGCGUUAGAGCUGGUCAGAACUAGGGACACAGCCUUCAUGACUGAC